AUGCAUCUCCAAGAAAAGAUGGAGAAUAUGCAAUAUGCAGAGGAGCUAGUGAGGGAGUUUCUUGUCUUCAGAGGGUUUACCAACACUUUGCAAGCUUUUGAGAAAGAGUUGGGCACUGAAAUUGGCAAAGGAUUUCAAAUGGAUAAGAUAUUGGACUUAAUUUUCUCAGUGCAUGUCCCCAAAUUUCAAGCAGAAAAUUUGAUUCGUCUGCUGAGCUUUUUCAAGCAGUGCUUUUCUUCUUCUGAGACAACUCUUACUGCCACACUAUCAAAAUUGGAGGUCUCUAUUCUACGCUACUAUAUCAUUCAUGCCAUACAAUCAGGAAGGACGGACAAAGUCAUAGAGUUUUUUGGGAUGUAUGGCAAUGACUUGUUGCAGAGAGACCAAGAUUGGAAUUCAUGGUUUGCUAUCCCAUAUCUUAAGAAUCCAAACUUCGAUCCCCGCUUUCGCUUAUACUUUUCAAAGGAGUGGUUUGACGCCUUGCAUCUGUCUCAUUUCUCCUUAGCUAAUCCACGCAUACCUGCCUUAUUGAAGAUCAGUUCGGAGAGGAAUUCCAUAAAUCGUCUCAGAAAAGACAUUAAGCAACUUAAUCUCAAACUAUCACAACUUCAGGUUUUGUUGGAAGAGAAGGAGGCUCAGUUAUGUCAGUCAAGGAGCAAUGCUUCAUCGGUGAUGGAAGUUGGCAUUGGAGGAAAAAACAGCUCCCCACACUUUGUUAUGGAAGAAACAAUUUCUCCACCCAUGUUUUCUCUUGAAACCUUUGUGCCUGCAACAUCACAGAUGGGUGAAAUAGAGUCCACUCAGGAUUGGGAUGGUUCCAGUCCUGCCGAAGCUCAUGGUUCAACUUCUAAAACAAGUAAUCAUCCCAGAGACAGUGAAAGGAACAAUUCCAUUCAGAUGUUCCAUGAUAGCUUUUCUGUUGAGACUGGCAGAGAAAUGCCGGGAGCAGAAGAAUUCCCAGAAGCAAAAGUAGACUUUCAGGAAACAUUCUUAGGCCACACAAGUCCAAUCAGUCGGUGCCGCUUUUCUGCGUCUGGGGAUAAUAUUGCAAGUGCUUCUUUGGAUGGCACAGUCAGGAUAUGGACGUAUGACCCAUCAACCCCGGCAUCAAGAAAUGCAACCAUCUACUGUGGGACAGAGAUCAUGUCUCUUGAGUGGGAUUGUAAAUCUGAUCGUUUGCUUCUCAUAGGGACUGCUGAUGGAGGCAUUAAAGCAUGGAAUGUUGAUGCGAAGAGAGUGGUUUGUGAUCUCAACACAACUGAAGCAUUCCCAAGUGUCUUGGACUUAAAAUGCAGCCCUGUGGAACCAAUAUUUGUCUCUGCAGCAGCAUCCAGAGGGCAUGGUACAAGUUAUACUGAUAAAUUGGGGUUUGCAUCAUUAACUGUAUGGAACAUGAGAACAUGGAAGGCUAUGACAGUCCUUCCGCUUGGUAAAGAUCCACCAGCAAUUACUUCUUUAAAUUUCAAUCACAAUGGGAAGAUUUUAGCUGCUGCGGCAACUGAUGGAAUGAUUCAUAUGUUCGAUAUGUCUGCGGGCCUGCAAAUCACUGGGUGGCCAGCUCAUGAUUCAGCUAUUAGUUCUGUUCUUUUUGGGCCUGACGAAACAAGCAUUUUUAGCUUGGGUAUGGAUGGAAAGAUAUAUGAAUGGAGCUUGCAAAAUCAAGGUAAAGUUCUUUGGUCAAGAAAUUGCAGCAGGUACUGUAACCCCCAGAACUCACUAGCCAGUAGACACGAAAUGGCUCUUGAUCCUAAUGGGAGAAGACUUUUGGUGACUUCUUCUUCAGUAAGAGCACCAAUAUAUAAGGUUCGAGGACAUAUGAAUGGGAUGAAAACUCUUCCUCACACUGCAGCUAUAACGACAGUAGAUUGGCACCCAACCUUGCCCAUUUUCUUGACUGGGUCGGCCGAUCACUCAGUCCGCGUCACCACCUUAUCAUGA